AUGCCGCGACCUCCGUUCACCAGCAAGCUCUCGCUGCCGACCCGCUUCAAGCACGCCAACAACAACGGCGGACCACCAUCGACGCCCAACAGCAUCCCCAACAGUCGCCAGGGCAGUCCCAAACGCACAAUGGAGCAAGCAAAGCCUGGGUUGAUGUUGCGAGCGAAUGUGCUCAAGGGCAGGAACCUCGCUGCAAAGGACCGCAGCGGCACAUCGGACCCGUACCUCGUUCUUUCCCUCGGCGAUGCAAAGGAAGCCACGCCCACCAUCAACAAGACGCUGAACCCGGAAUGGAACACGAUCCUCGACCUGCCCAUUGUGGGCGAGCAGAGUCUCCUGCUCGAGGUGCAGUGCUGGGACAAGGACCGCUUUGGAAAGGACUACAUGGGCGAGUUUGACGUCAUCCUCGAGGACCAGUUCCUCAACGCCCACCCGCUGCAGGAGCCCCGGUGGUUCCCGCUCGAGUCGCGCCACAAGGGGAAGAAGAAGAAGUCGGUCGUGUCGGGCGAGAUCCAGAUCCAGUUCUCGCUCGUCGACACGAGCAACCCGAGUGCGCCCGCGGACCAGCUCAUGCAGAAGUUCAUGGCCAUCGCAGGAAGCUCGCCGAGCCCCGACGAGGAGGAAGCCGAGAUGCUGCUGCGCGCCGACAGCAACAACACUGACGCCGAGGACGACGACGACAGCUCCGACGAGGCCCACGACGAGUCGCACAAGGCCGAGAAGCGCGAGAAGCGGCGGAAGCGCCUCAGGCUGGCCCGCCUCAAGAAGAAGGCCAAGCAGAUGAGCGGCUACGAGUACUCGAGCAACGGCGACGUGGCAGGCGUGCUGUUCCUCGAAAUCCAGAGAAUCACGGACCUGCCGCCAGAGCGCAAUGUCACCAGGACCUCGUUCGACAUGGACCCCUUUGUCGUGACCUCGCUCGGCAAGAAGACGUACCGCACCAAGACGGUCAGCCACAACCUCAACCCCGUCUUCGAAGAAAAGCUCGUCUUCCAGGUCAUGCGCCACGAGGUCAACUACUCCGUCAGCUUCACAGUCAUCGACAAGGACAAGUUCUCGGGCAACGACUAUGUAGGCACCGUGAGCUUUCCCCUCGAAAAGGCCGUGUCUGUCGCGCCUCAAGCAGACCCGGAAACCGGUCUUUACAAGCUUCCCGAGCCGUCAGACUCGCCUGGUCUGCAAUCGAGCUCAGAUGCACGGCGAUCACGGUUCCGCCUGCCCAUGUCUCGGUCUUCAUCUGCCCACAGCCUGUCUCGUCUCGGUAAGCCGUCUCUGAAGAAAGAAAACUCGACGGCUUCGCUAUCGGGCCAGAACGCCAAUGGCUCUACGCCUCCUGCGCCGACUAGCCAGCCCUCAACAGACUCGAAUGGCAACCUCACGCCUGGGCUAGCUGUUGUCGCGGACCCCAUGGCGGUGGACGACCAGGACUUGAAGACGUUCACCCUGCCCAUCGACAUGAAGCACAAGGACCGCUGGGAAGACAAGCACAACCCAACGUUGUACGUCCGUGCGAAAUACUUGCCAUACACCGCCCUGCGGCAACAAUUCUGGAGGGCGAUGCUCAAGCAAUACGACGCAGAUGACAGUGGCCUGCUCGAUAAGGUCGAGUUAACUACCAUGCUGGAUACUCUUGGUUCGACCCUGCACGAGUCUACCAUCGACAGCUUCUUCAGCCGUUUUGCCGCCCAGCACAACGGUGAGCUUCUACUGACUUUCGACGAGGCUGUCAUCUGUCUCGAAGACCAACUACAAGCGACUGAGUAUAAUGCGCAUAAAGCAGCCAGUACAAGUGGCUUCUUCACACCGGGAGAACAAACACCUUCCCUGGCGUCCGGUGACUUGACUCCCAUUAACAAAAAUGGCUCCACUGCCUCCAUCCCUGUGCUUGAGACCGACGUCCUCGGCAAGCCAGGUGAGGAAGGCGACACGAUACAGAUUGAUGAUCUGGCCGACGAAAAAGGCGAAGAGCACGUUAUUGAGAUUCGCGAGUGUCCCAUUUGCCACCAGCCGAAGCUGAACAAGCGCUCGGAUGCUAACAUCAUCACCCACAUUGCUACCUGUGCCAGCCAAGACUGGAGGCAAGUCAAUAACAUCGUCAUGGCUGGCUUUGUCACCUCUAGCCAGGCCCAGCGCAAGUGGUACUCCAAGGUCAUCACCAAGAUUUCUUAUGGAGGCUACAAGCUGGGUGCCAACUCCGCCAACAUCUUGGUUCAGGACCGCAUUACUGGACAGAUUAACGAAGAGCGCAUGAGCGUCUAUGUCCGCUUAGGUAUCCGCCUGCUCUACAAGGGUCUCAAGUCGAGUAACAUGGAGAAGAAGCGAAUCCGUAAAUUGCUAAAAUCUCUGAGUUUCAAGCAAGGAAAGAAGUACGAUGACCCUGCAUCAGCUGCGGAAAUCGUACCGUUCAUUGCUUUCCAUCAGCUCGACAUGUCGGAGGUGCUUCUGCCAACGUCCGAAUUCAAGAGCUUCAACGAGUUCUUCUACCGGGCACUAAAGCCUACUGCACGCCCAUGUUCGGCGCCCGACGACCCGCGCGUUAUCGUUUCGCCCGCUGAUUGUCGUUCUGUUGUAUUCAAUACCAUCGACUCGGCACAAGCCAUCUGGGUCAAGGGCCGAGAGUUCACGGUCGAGCGUCUUCUAGGCGAUGCUUAUCCCCAGGACGCCAAGCGCUACCACGGUGGCUCACUUGGCAUCUUCCGACUUGCGCCGCAGGACUACCAUCGAUUCCACAUCCCAGUGGACGGUGUCAUGGAUGAGCCUAAGCUCAUCGAAGGAGAGUACUACACUGUGAACCCCAUGGCUAUCCGGUCAGCUCUGGAUGUCUAUGGCGAAAAUGUGCGUGUGAUUUGUCCCAUCGAUUCGGUCGCACACGGCCGCGUGAUGGUGAUCUGUAUCGGUGCCAUGAUGGUCGGCAGCACUGUCAUCACACGCAAGAAGGGCGAAAACGUGAAACGUGCGGAAGAACUAGGUUACUUCAAGUUCGGCGGCAGCACUCUCCUGUUGCUUUUCGAGCCUGGACAGAUGAAAUACGAUGACGACUUGGUCGACAACUCCAAUUCGGCAUUGGAAACUCUUGUCCGCGUUGGCAUGUCUAUCGGCCACAGCCCGAACAGGGCAGCCCAUCUUCCCGAUAUGCGCAAGAACAAUCCCACCAUGGAAGAGAAGCAAGACGCGAAGCGUCGAAUUGAAGGCAGCAUGGCGCCAGAGGGUGUCAAAGGCCCCAUGCCCGGGGCCGGAAUGUAACGAUAGGACUAUUGGCAUCUCAGAGACGUUUGUGGAACUAUAAAAAGCGGUUUGGCUUGUAUAAGCAACGUAGCCAGGUAUGAAUUGAUGAUGGCAUGAGAGCAUAUGGAUUGGCAGCUCAGGAUAGUGCUGCUUCUUCUCUUGGGAGUUCAUUCAGGAGUUUCGUUUGCAACAAGAGACCUGGUGGUGGCUGUCUAUACAUACAUCUAGCUAAGCAGUCCAUCGAACAAUGGGAAAACCACGUAA